UUUCGGCUCUCAUUCCGUCCAGUUCGAUCGGCAACGGGAGCGGAGAAAGGAAAGAGCCCGAAGGCAGCAGCCCCCACCACCGCCGGCCCAGGUUACCAUCUAGCACCGGGAAAACACACUAGAAAGCCACCGCCGGCACAAGUCUAAGGUACCAACCAGAAACCACCAUGAGCACUGAAGCCGAGACGCAACCACAGUCGCCGCAGCCUGAAGCCGAAGCGGAAAGUCCAUCCAGCCCGGCAGCCGAAGCUACCGCGGGGGAUAAGAAGGUCAUCGCAACAAAGGUCUUGGGAACAGUUAAAUGGUUCAACGUAAGGAAUGGCUAUGGUUUCAUCAACAGGAAUGACACAAAAGAAGACGUCUUUGUACAUCAGACUGCCAUAAAGAAAAACAACCCCAGGAAAUACCUCCGCAGUGUUGGAGAUGGAGAGACAGUGGAGUUUGACGUGGUUGAAGGUGAAAAGGGUGCAGAGGCAGCCAAUGUCACCGGCCCUGGCGGGGUCCCAGUACAGGGAAGCAAAUACGCAGCAGACCGCAACCGCUACAGGCGGUACCCCCGUCGCAGAGGCCCGCCCCGGGACUACCAGGAGAACUACCAGAGUGACGGGGAGGGCGAGGGUCGUGAGAAGAGGGAGGGGGUGGAGAGCGCCCCCGAGGAAGAGAUGCAGCCGCAGCAGCACCGGCCGUCCUUCCCGGGGCGUCGCCGCUACCCCCCCUACUUCGUCCGCAGGCGCUACGGCCGCCGGCCCCCGUACACCAACGCCCCGCGCGGAGAGAUGACUGAGGGCGGUGAGGGAGAGGAGAACCAAGGCGGUCCAGACCAGGCCAACAAACCAAUGAGGCAAAAUUACUAUAGAGGCUUCAGACCAAGGUUCAGGCCAAGAGGUCCCCCGCGUCCCAGGCCAGUUCGGGACGGCGAGGAGGACAAGGAGAACCAGGGCGAGGGCAGCCAGAACCAGGAGCCCCGCCAGAGGCGGUACCGCCGCAACUUCAAUUACCGACGCAGACGCCCACAGACCGCCAAGCCCCAGGACGGCAAAGAGAGCAAGGCAGCCGAGACGCCAGCCGAGAAAACGCCCGCUCCCGCUCCCGAGGCCGAGUAACGACCGGCUUACCAUCCGUACCAUCGCCGGGUAUGUCAACAUGAAGAAACAUCUGAAGAUCUGAGCAAUAAGGAACAGAUUUGACUUGACGAUCUUGAAAGCUUGCAACAUGCGUUUGACCAGAUUACCACCGAUUGCCUGCAGAAUCUAUGCAGCUCUUUUCUUUUUCCAUUCUUUUUAUGUGACAGCUAAGAAAUGAGUUUUUUUUUCUUUUGAAACCGCAGACGUUUUUUCUAAAUCGGUCUUAAGUUUUUACACCAAAAGGUUUUUAAAAGAAAAGUAAUUUGAUAUCUGGUCAAUUUGACAUUUUUAAAUGAAACUUUUUAUGUAUACAACAUGAAUUUUAAAAGGCAAGCGCAAAUAAAAGUCAAAAGAACUGUA